AUGUCCCGAUUCAACUCAUUACAGGGUCGUUCUGGCAACAUAGAGCAAGUGGCACACGAAUGUAUCGAUUUGUUCAUGCAAUUCCUCUUUCCCAACACCCCGAUCGCCCAUGAACCAACACUCAGAGCCGGUAUUCUUCUUCUUGGAGACGAACUCCCAGACUGUCCCUCUACGGAGAGUCCCGGCCCCGAAACCCUUACGCUCAUGGAGCUGUUGAGGCGCUUCACCCUCAUCACGGCGCUAUGUGCCCAUAUUAUCUCGGUUGUCCCUGAGAGCCUUUUCCGAAAUCCGAAAUCGUUGUCUGAUAUAUUCUUCGAAGCCUCCAAGUCAAUGCUGAGGGUCUACGAAGCCUAUGAUCUGGAGCAUCCUGAUUCGACCUCACUCACGAUUCGAAUGUGGCAUUCAUCCUACGCCCAAAACACCACUGGAAAGGUGGGUGCCUCCUGGCACUACCAUACAGAGGCUUGCUGCCUUGCGCAGAGAAUGCGUUUGUUCGAUGAGACCUCCAUUUCCCGCCCUUCCCAGAUCGAGUCUCAGCUCCUUCGCAUCAACUUCUGGCAUCUAUACCUCGCUGAAAAGACUCAAGUCGCUUUCAAAACUCGGCCGCCCAUCAUUGAUGAGAGGAUAUGCGGCGGCAUCACCCUUCAAGAGAGAGGUGAUGAGGUGGUGCCAUUUCUCGAUUCUUCCCGAGAGGUGAAUCAAGCCGAUCUCGAAUCUCGCAUCUUUGUUGGAUUCCACCUUCGACGGAGAAUCUCAGCAGCAGCAGCUAACCUUAUAACCGAUAUUGCCAGUCACACACGACACGCCGAGACGAACUCGCCAUCUACGAUAAGUUCGGAUAGAACCGAUCAAGAGAUGGAUUCCCUGAUCGAAAGAUAUCUCAAAUUUACAGCGCUGGUCAAUGAAGUGCCACCGUGGGUUCGACGGCCAGACGGAGACAAAAAUCCAGAUGUUCACGAAAGCGUUCGGGCCUACAAAACGACCUGUUUCUGGGCGCAGCGGAGCAAUAUAAUGACAAUCUUCCACUGCAUGAGACUGCUAAUAUUGCAAACAUGCAUCGACCACGGCCUUCUGAUGGUAAUUGGACUCAGCGAGAGCCCACUCUCUUGGGCAAGUCGAAAGCUUGAGAUCAUACGGGAUUUCCUAGAUGACCUGCAGGGCACUCCGUUCAUAUGCAUCGCGGCACAAGGAGAGACAGCGGUGGACAAGGUCAGGCGCGUAGGUGCCAUAUUGCUUGAACUUCUUCACAACUCAGAUAACGCAACAAUCAGGACACAGGCCGAAGUGCUCUUUAGCUCUUUGCUCGACAUUCUAUCUAGGUUGGAUUCUAAAGCCAGUGAGGGACUGGAGUUUCCUAGUGCCUUGAUUCAAGAUGCUCAAAAUUGGUGUAACCCUACGACGGUUAGCUCUGGCGGCUCAGUCUGA